UAGAUUAUUUUUAUAGAAUACGAGAUGUAUAUAAGAGGUAAUGUACAUUGAAAUAGUCUAUUAUUUUUAUUAAACGGCAUUAUUAAUAUAUAAGCUUUAAAUCAUUAAAUACAUGAAAGGUUAGUCAUCUGAUCUUCUAUAUGAAUAUGCUUGAAGCUUUAAGAUCUUCUAGUAAGGUUAUACGAAAAUAUAUAAGUAACCUUAAUGUUCGCUAAUAUCGCACAAAUUGUGCAUAAUGUAUCAACAAAAGGAGAAAAACGAAAUAGAACUUUUUCAGGAAAUGAUUCCUAAUGCAACACCAGAAACUAUGACGAUUUUUCAAGAUUGUAUGAAGACAGAGGCUGUUUUUAAAUCUGCUCUUCCUUAUUCAUUUUUAAGUUCAUUAGUAACAUAUUUGAUAUUACCUAAAGCUUCGGGUAUGAGUAGACCUAUUUUGACAACAUUUGUAGGUAUGUCAAUGUAUUUAUUUGGCAAAUUGACAUAUACACCUGUAUGUUAUCAGAAAGCAUUUGGUACAUCACAACCAUUAAUUAAUUCUAAUGAGAGAAGAAGACAAUUGCAAAAUACUGAUGAUAUUGAUAGCUUUGGUCAUCAAGAUCAAGAAAAAUAUCCUAUAUAUUUUGAUAAUGUAACAGAAGAAAAAUCAGUAUGGGAUAAUCUUGAUACGCAAUUUGAGAGCAAUACAAAUGAAUUUUAUGAUGCAACUGAUAAUUUACAAGAUGAAUUAAAAAAUGAAUCUCAAGAAAAGCAGAAGAAGCGUGUGACAUAUGAUGAUUUAUGGAUUCAACACAGAAAACAAGAAAUGAAGAAUCAAUUUGAUGAUAUUGAAAAAUAUAAAGUAACGCAAACAUCAAAAUUAUUGGAAAGUCAACAGAAUAAACUUCCAAAAGAAUCAGCAAUUCCUGAAGGAGAAUUCGAUGAAAAAAAUAUUUGGAGUUGAACAUGUGUAUUUUUAAAUUAACUUUUAAUAAAAGUUUUGGUAGUAAAAAUAGCAACACAAAUAAAUAUAUUAAAAUUCAUAAAAUUUUUUCAUCAAU